UUCUUCUUGAAUUCUCUGUGCUAUCUGGAUUAAUUUCCAUGUUGAUAGCUUUUUUAGCACGAUUGGACAAUCGGUCGAGUCCCGUUCAUUUUCGCGUGUGCGGACUAGUAUCCCAAAGAAAAUGACGAGAAUGAAGUAACGAUUCAUUUUCCCAGAGUUCUUCCGGGUAUUUCCAGAAGCAGAUAUGAGAAACCCGAUCAUCGAAUCGUCGUUCACGUCGUAAACGCGGAAAAGCGCGCACUGGAGGGAGACGUCCUUGGUCCGCGGGAAUUAAUACGUAUAAAGGAAACCGUCGUCGGUGUCGCAAGUCCAUACCGUCGCAAACCAUGCCCGCUAACGAGGAUACCUUCAACGAGUCGUUGGAGCGGAUAGAGUCCGGAAGAAUGAGUCCUUUGCCGUCUCAGCACAAGCUAAGCGGAGGACCGCGGGAUCCCGCGUCUCCGCUCGUUCCGGGGGCGAUGGUGGACGGCGAUCCGGAACGCAACGGAGCUGAGAAGCGGAACUUCCGUAGUGUGCCUCGUCGGGACAUCCACGAGAAGCUGUUCAGGGACUUCUUCGAGCUCGUGUUGCAGCAGGCGGUUUUCCAAUCUACUUCCGGCGAGGAGCGCGUGGUAAAAUGGGUGAAUCCCUCGGACCUGCGAUCUGUUGUUGACCUCUCGUUGUCGGCCGAAGGAAUCAGCCACGACGAGUUGUUGACGCUGACGCGCAAUGUCAUCAAGUACAGCGUGAAGACGGGCCAUCCGCAUUUCGUCAAUCAGCUGUUUUCCAGUUUGGACCCGUACGGGUUGCUGGGUCAAUGGCUGACCGACGCUCUCAACCCGUCCGUCUACACCUACGAGGUGUCUCCGGUCUUUUCUCUGAUGGAAGAGGACGUACUGCGGGAGAUGCGCCACAUUAUCGGUUGGCAGAGCGGCGAGGGACUUUUCUGUCCGGGUGGCUCUAUGGCGAACGGAUACGCCAUUAACUUGGCGCGCUAUCAUAAGUAUCCCAACCUGAAGCAAACCGGACUGUCGCAGAUGCCGCGGUUGGUGAUCUUCACAUCGGAGGACGCGCAUUAUUCCGUGAAGAAGCUUGCCGCGUUUCUGGGUAUCGGCUAUGACAACGUAUACAUGGUCAAGGUUGAUUCCAAGGGCAAAAUGUUAGUGACUGAUCUGCAGGCGCAGAUCGCCCGUGCCAUCGGGGAGGGUGCCGCGCCGUUGAUGGUAUCCAGCACGGCAGGUACCACCGUGAUGGGCGCAUUCGAUCCGCUCAAGGACAUCGCCGAGGUCUGCAGAAAGUAUAGCUUGUGGUUCCACGUGGACGCUGCCUGGGGCGGAGGUGCUCUCGUCUCCAGGACGUAUCGUCAUCUCUUGGACGGCGUUGAGCUCGCCGACUCGAUUACCUGGAAUCCUCACAAGCUGCUCGCCGCACCUCAGCAGUGCUCCACCUUGUUACUGCGUCACGAAGGCUUGUUGCAGUCAGCGCACGGUUGCGGCGCGAGCUAUCUCUUCCAGAACGAUAAGUUUUACGACGCGUCCUAUGACUAUGGAGACCGACACGUGCAGUGCGGUCGGCGGGCGGACGUGGUUAAGUUCUGGUACAUGUGGAAGGCGAAGGGCACCCGUGGACUCGAGGCGCACGUGGAUCGUGUGUUCGCACUGUCGCGCUACUUCACGGAUCUCGUGAGAAAACGCGAAGGCUGGCACUUGCUCGCCGAGCCUGAGUGCACCAACGUCUGCUUCCGGUAUGUUCCACCGUCGAUGAGAAACUUGACAGGCCCACAGCUGGACCAAGCGAUGCACAAGAUUGCGCCGAUGAUCAAGGAACGCAUGGUACGCGCUGGAACAAUGCUGAUGACGUAUCAGCCGCUCAGAGAAAUGCCAAACUUCUUCAGGCUCGUGUUGCAGAACUCGGGAUUGACUGAAGCUGACAUGCAGUUCUUCGUUGACGAGAUAGAAAGGCUCGCUGCUGAUCUUUGAUCGUUUCGAACAGUUGUAGAUGUUGUAAAUAGCGGCUUAGUGAUAAGCAUGUAUGUAUUACAAGAAACAAAUUGCUUUCGCUAUUGCAGAGUUGCUGAAGACACUCGGUAAAUCUGAAACUAAGUGAUGUUUGCUUUGUUCUUUUUAUUGACGGUCGUCCACCGCGAUAUUCAUUAACCCUCGUUGGCAUAACGAUAACAACACACUAGAGAUAUUUACACAUAUUCGUACACGUCGCCUGAUGAUUUACAUUUUAUACAUAUAACGUCAGAGAACCUGAUUAUACUUUCUAUACAAUUCAAUAACAAGUAGCGUACGCCAAGUGACGAUCUUCAACUUUGGGUAUUUGAUCGUAAUAAAAAUAUUGCACAUUCGUGAUGUUCGAA